ACCCUGGGCGGUCGGACAGACGGGCGCCGGUCGGAACUCAGGCCGUGCCGGCUGAGAGAUCCGAAGCGCUUGGUUCCCCCCCGGGCCGGAGCGGGGGCGGGUGGGGGCGCAGGCCCGGGGGAUGCUGGGCUCGGUGAAGAUGGAGGCCCAUGACCUGGCCGAGUGGAGCUACUACCCGGAGGCGGGCGAGGUCUACUCUCCGGUGACCCCAGUACCCACCAUGGCCCCCCUCAACUCCUACAUGACCCUGAACCCUCUGAGCUCUCCCUACCCCCCGGGGGGGCUCCCUGCCUCCCCACUGCCCACUGGACCCCUGGCGCCCCCAGCACCCACAGCACCCCUGGGGCCCACCUUCCCAGGCCUGGGUGCCAGCGGUGGUGGCGGCAGCAGCUCAGGGUAUGGGGGCCCGGGACCGGGGCUGGUGCAUGGGAAGGAGAUGCCGAAAGGGUACCGGCGGCCCUUGGCACAUGCCAAGCCGCCAUAUUCCUACAUCUCGCUCAUCACCAUGGCCAUCCAGCAGGCGCCGGGCAAGAUGCUGACCCUGAGCGAGAUCUACCAGUGGAUCAUGGACCUCUUCCCCUACUACCGGGAGAACCAGCAGCGCUGGCAGAACUCCAUCCGCCACUCGCUGUCUUUCAACGACUGCUUCGUCAAGGUGGCGCGCUCUCCAGACAAGCCGGGCAAGGGUUCCUACUGGGCCCUGCACCCCAGCUCAGGUAACAUGUUUGAGAAUGGCUGCUACCUGCGCCGCCAGAAGCGCUUCAAGCUGGAGGAGAAGGUGAAGAAAGGGGGCGGCGGGACCUCCGCCUCCAGGAACAGUGCGGGGUCAGCCUCGUCGACCACCACCCCCGCUGCCACAGUCGCCUCUCCACCGCAGGCCCAGCCUCCAGCCCCCGAACCUGAGGCCCAGGGUGGGGAAGAUGUGGGGACUCUGGACUGUGGCUCACCCCCUUCCUCCACACCCUACUUCACUGGCCUGGAGCUCCCGGGGGAGCUGAAGCUGGAUGCACCCUACAACUUCAACCACCCUUUCUCCAUCAACAACCUGAUGUCGGAACAGACACCACCAGCACCUCCCAAACUGGACGUGGGAUUUGGGGGCUACGGGGCGGAGGGUGGGGAGCCUGGGAUCUACUACCAGGGCCUCUAUUCCCGCUCUCUGCUUAACGCGUCCUAG